AUGUCAUCAUUAAACGACCAGCUUAAUUCGUUCCGCAGCAAAGUCAGAAAUGCUCCCACUGUAGCGAAACCUGUUAUAUCAGAUGCUGCGGCAGCUCGCAAAAGAGCUGCUAGUAGUCUUGUAGCGAAAGCUAACCCAUCAUUAAAUGAUGAUAAAUCAGACUUGUCUGAUACGAGCCCUGCCAAAAAACAGAAGAGAUCAAUUGUUAAUUAUGCUCAAGCGGCCAAUUCAGGGAUUGGAAAUCAUCAGAGUACUCAACUAGUACAUGCCGUAGAAUAUAUUAAGCGCCAUGACCAGCCGGUGAAGUGGAAGGAUAUUGAGCGAUAUUUAUCGUUUCCAAUUGAACCACUUCUAAAGCUGAUGAGAAAUAUCGACCGAAUUAAAAUCGAUGAUGAAAAUCAAACGGCUUCCUAUGUUUCAGAAUACAACAUUUAUAGUGCGGAUGAUCUGCUCUCGUUUUUAAGAGCACAAAAGACGUUCCAGGGAAUCCAAGUGAAGAAAUUAAAAGAUGGCUGGAACGGCUGUUUGGACGCUAUCGACAAAUUAGAGAAAUCUGAAGAUAUUGUUGUCUUGCGGAUGAAAAAGGAAAAUGGUCCUAAGUACAUUUGGGCUAAUACUGGGGGUACUAUCGGAGGAAUCGAUCCAGCCUUCACUGAGCUUUGGAAAAAGGUUAAAGUACCAACUGCCAGUGAACUGCCCGGAUUAUUGGAAAAAGCUGGACUCAAACCUGCCUCUGUAGACCCCGCAACUGUAAAGAAAACGAACACCCCUGAGAAGGAUCGCAAGCAAAAGAAACCUCGCCGUGGUAAAAUUACGAACACUCAUUUGCGUGGGGUUCUUAAAGACUAUAGUAGUAUAUGA